AUGGACAUCCCUCUCCCAGACUACUAUCGAACGCUAGGUGUCACUCCGGCCGCCUCAGCAGCAGAAAUCAAGGAGGCCUACAAGCGUCGUUCGCUCAAAACCCAUCCUGAUCGCUUCCCCAACGCCACUCCCGCUGAACGUCAACGAUCCACGCAAAAGUUUCAAACGCUUGCUGACGCCUACUACGUCCUUUCCGACACUCAACGUCGAAGCGAGUACGACCAACUCCGCAGCUCGCAGCCCUCUUUCUCCUCCUUCUUCUCUUCUCCCGACGAAGAGGAAGAGACUGCAUCCGAAUACAGCGAAAAGGAGCAGAGUUACUCUGCCAACUUCUUCCAAUCUUUCUUCCCCGGUGCGUUUAAGCAGCAAGACAACUCCGCCGACGGAGCUCAGCAAGAGGGCAGGGGUAGACAGGGAAGCAGUCAGCCCGAGGCAGACGGAGUAUUCGCCAACGUUUUCGAGGAGCUGCUCAGACCGGAGGUGAAUCGGGUCGCUCCCUUUUGGAAGUGGAUCGGUGGUGCAUCGGGCUCAGCGUUAGGGUUCAUUGUUGGUAACGUGCCCGGUGCUUUGGCCGGUGCUUUUGCGGGUAGUCAAUUGGGUAGGAUUAGAGACGCAAAGGGAAAGAGUGUUGCAGAGGUGUUUAUCACUUUGGGUGCCGGACAGAGAGCUGAGGUUUUGACGAGAUUGUUGCAGAGGGUUUUGCAGCAGCAGACUGGGCCGAUCCCACAAUAA